AGCAAGCAGGCAUUCAUAUUCUCCAAGUCCAAACAACAAAAGUUCUAGACUAUUCCAACAUACGACAAACAAACAAAAUCACUCCUUCCAAUCCAACGGUCCAAAACGAAACAGAACCUUCAAGAUCAAAUCCCUUUACACCCUCGUUCACUUCACCUUCAAAAUAUAAAAAGCCUAAUCUUCUUCACUCUUCUUCUUCAACUUCUUCACUAAACCCACACUUCAUUAUCCAAAACCAAAUCUCUCAUAAACCCUACAUUUUCAAUUUCAAUUUCAAUUUUCCCCCAAUUCAACCAUGUCAUCAUCAACUUUCUCAGCAACCUCCUCUUGCAAUCUCUCCUCUUCCGCUGCCAUUUCUUCUUUCCCCUUCGCCGCCGGUAAAAGAACUUCUAACAGAGUCGUUCUCGCUAGAAAGAAUCGGAAUGUUAAGGUUUCUGCUAUGGCUAAGGAGUUGCAUUUUAAUAAAGAUGGUUCCGCUAUUAAGAAACUUCAGAAUGGUGUGAAUAAGCUUGCGGAUCUUGUUGGUGUUACUCUUGGUCCUAAAGGAAGGAAUGUUGUUCUUGAGAGCAAGUAUGGUUCGCCGAAAAUUGUUAAUGAUGGUGUCACUGUUGCUAAAGAGGUUGAGUUGGAGGAUCCGGUUGAGAAUAUUGGUGCCAAGUUGGUGAGACAGGCUGCUGCCAAGACAAAUGAUUUGGCAGGUGAUGGAACCACAACCUCGGUUGUUCUAGCUCAGGGCCUUAUUGCAGAAGGUGUAAAGGUUGUCGCAGCUGGUGCAAACCCUGUGCUCAUUACACGUGGUAUUGAGAAGACAACUAAAGCUCUUGUGGCUGAGCUUAAAAAGAUGUCAAAAGAGGUUGAAGAUAGUGAACUGGCAGACGUGGCAGCAGUCAGUGCAGGGAACAAUUAUGAGGUUGGAAAUAUGAUUGCUGAAGCCUUGAGUAGGGUUGGUAGAAAGGGUGUUGUGACACUUGAGGAGGGAAAGAGUGCUGAGAACAGUCUUUAUGUCGUUGAGGGUAUGCAAUUUGACCGUGGUUAUAUUUCACCUUACUUUGUUACCGACAGUGAGAAGAUGUCUGUUGAAUUUGAGAACUGCAAGUUACUAUUGGUUGACAAAAAGAUUACCAAUGCUAGGGAUCUUAUUAACAUACUGGAGGAUGCAAUUAGAAGUGGAUUCCCUAUAUUGAUCAUUGCGGAGGAUAUUGAACAAGAAGCUUUAGCAACACUUGUUGUGAACAAACUUAGAGGAUCUCUGAAGAUUGCAGCACUUAAGGCUCCUGGAUUCGGAGAACGCAAAAGCCAAUACCUUGAUGAUAUUGCCAUUUUGACAGGAGGUACUGUUAUCAGAGAGGAAGUUGGCCUUACCUUAGACAAAGCUGGGAAAGAGGUUCUGGGUAAUGCCUCCAAGGUGGUGCUCACCAAGGAUACAACCACAAUUGUUGGUGAUGGAAGUACCCAGGAAGCAGUUAAUAAGAGAGUUGCACAAAUUAAGAACCAAAUUGAGGCCGCAGAGCAAGACUAUGAAAGGGAGAAGCUGAACGAAAGGAUUGCAAAACUGUCUGGUGGUGUGGCCGUAAUACAGGUUGGUGCACAAACUGAGACAGAACUUAAGGAAAAGAAAUUGAGAGUUGAAGAUGCUCUUAAUGCUACAAAGGCAGCUGUUGAGGAAGGUAUUGUAGUUGGAGGUGGUUGCACUUUGCUCAGACUUGCAUCAAAGGUGGAUGCCAUCAAGGAUACCCUUGCAAACGAUGAGGAAAAAGUUGGAGCAGAAAUUGUUAGAAGAGCUCUUAGUUACCCUCUUAAAUUAAUAGCAAAGAAUGCUGGUGUAAAUGGCAGUGUUGUGAGCGAGAAGGUUCUGUCCAACGACAAUACAAGAUAUGGCUAUAAUGCUGCCACUGGCAAAUACGAAGAUUUAAUGUCUGCCGGGAUCAUUGAUCCAACAAAGGUGGUCAGAUGCUGCCUGGAACAUGCAUCCUCUGUUGCCAAAACAUUCUUAAUGUCAGACUGUGUUGUUGUUGAGAUUAAGGAACCUGAGGCUGCACCUGUUGGCAACCCCAUGGACAAUUCAGGAUACGGUAUGUAGAGACGAUGUAGGCUAAAGUGAGAACGGCAUUUUUUUCACCCUAUUUCUUUGAUGUAAUACAGAAUUUGUUAGCUAUUUAAUUUAUAGCAACAAGACGGACUUUUGUAGUGUGGUGAGCUAGAUCAGUGACAUUUUUGUUUACUAUUGAAAUUAAUAAUUUAAAAAGGUUUUGCAAA